AUGAUCAGUCACAGAGUUUCGAACGUUAGGGAGACCGCGUUGGGAGGAGAUCGGAAUCCAUGUCCGCACACCAGCCCUCCCGACCCGUUCCACACCUGCUCUCACCCGUAUCAUGACCGGUACUCCGAGAGGUACCUCCCUCCCAUCUUGUUCAGACUGGAUCCUCUGCCGUAUCGUGAACUUCGCCCAGUGGAGAAUCUGGUCGAAAACGGCAGAGUAGUUCUGGAUGACCUGGGAGCUCCCAUUCGUAACUUCCCAUUCCUCCCUCGCUACAUCUCCGUGCAUCCUCCGGGAUGGCUCCUGGAGUUCUGGUUACGGACGGACGGCCGCUUAUCCUACAAGGAUAUCCGGGCUCGCAUGACUGCUCCCGUCCACAUGCGACCCAAGGAUAACACUUUGAACAUGCGUCGGGAGCGGGAUGUUCGCGUACCUUUGGGUCUGUCCUGCUGGAACAAUCGCCGCGGACUGAUCGCACGCAUUGAGGUCGAGAGAGCCGAGCGCUGGACUCUCGAUCAGCUCAAUUUUAACACGACUAUGGACAUUGUUUAUUGGAGUCCCAGCCCAGAGCACCCUCUGCCUCUGCCCAGGUGUCUCAGAUCAAAAACCCUAACCCGUAUGGAGGAGCCGAGGUACUACCGUCUGGACACAUUUCUCGGCUAUCAUCGACCCCAUAUCCCCAGUGAAAGAGUCCUGAACACGGUUGGGCUCUUCAAUGAUCUUUCGGAAAGGGCUAGAGAACUGAGUCUCCCAUCCUGGCGUUAUCUCCCAGCUGGGCACCUCCCCCUGACGUGGAAGCCUAUGAAUCAUAGGGCAAUCGUCACCUCGGAGGCGUCCCUCCCAGCAACUCGUACUAUACACCCGACCUUGAUCCCCGUACCAGCCGGAACUCCAACUCAGGCUGCUGCCAGGGCGUUUCGCAGAGCAAUGGCCCGCCUGCCUCCGAAGAGGAAGCACCUCCGACCGCCAUUCCCCCCAUGUCGUCCUAUGCAUAAGUUCCGUGCCUUGAAGAGAUGCCACGAGGAAAUCGAUGAUACUGAAGAGCCCAAUGAAGCCUCCACUUGCAGCAGUUCCAGCCGAAUUACCGAACGGUUUGGAAGGGACGGGUUUUAUGAUGAGGACCAUGGCGUGAGCUUUUCACUCUCUGGGCAUCUUCCUAAGAAGCAGAGGAAGCACUAAUUUGAGAACGAAGAGGGUACCAUGUGCAAUGCGAAGCAUGCCUUUUUUUUUCGCUUUGAACUGUUGCUAUCAUUGACACGGUAUCUUACUGGGUACCAAUGGUCGAUUUCUAUCAGUGCUUUCUUUCUAGUCUGGGGAUACACUGAGGGUGAGACUGGUUGAAACAGAAGAAGCGGUCUUUGAGGUCUUGCGUGUUGUGUUUUUCGUUACUCUAUUUUGAUAUUGUCGCACUGGAGGUGUUUCUGGGGUUCCUGAGGACAGUCCAAUUUCGUGUACUUUGUGUUUACCUGCCGUUGUUUCCAUGGGGACGAGGUAAUGGCCUGAGAAAA